CGGAAAGGAAGCUGCUCGGUUCCGGAAACAAAGACAUGUGGCUGCAGUCGGUGCUGCUGCCUCUCCUCCGGCUCUACUACUGCGGGAUCCGAGUCCUCAUCUACCAGAUGUUCAACACAUCUUUUACUCUACCAGGUGCUCAGUAAGUGGAUAGCUUACCAAAGGAACCAAUGGAGGGUAAAAGUUCAGGACCUUCAUGCUCCGGUCUCAAUCUGGUCGCACACCCACGGGCAAAAAGCAAAGUCUGGAAGUACUUUGGCUUUGACACAGAUGCAGAUGGCUGCAUAUUGCACUGGAAACGGAUAUACUGUCGCGUAUGCAUGAGUCAAAUCGCUUACUCUGGAAACACGUCCAAUCUUUCGUACCACCUUGAAAAGAACCACCCCGUAGAGUUCAGUGAGUUUGUGAAGAGCAACACGGAUCAGAUGCGCGAGGCGUUUGCCACGGCGUUCUCCAGGAUAAAGACCGAGCCUUCAGGUGUACAUGUUCAGCAACACUCCCAGGACACAAACUUAAGGCAGAGUUUAUACUAUGAAAACAGACGACACAAUGAUCUGACGAUAGCUGUCAUCAACUUCAUCUGUGAGGGGUUAUACCCUGUAUCUUUAGUUGAAGAGCCUACUUUCAAGACCUUAAUGAACACCAUCGAUCCUGGGUACUCUCCACCGAGCAAAAGCGACCUGGUGGUUAAAAUGCUUCCUCAGAUGUACUGCCGUGCCCGGGACAUGGUCUUUAGUGAGCUUGCUGGGGUUAUGAACUGUGGCGUUACUACAGACCUUUGGCAAAGCCAAACCCAGAAUAGGACAUACAUUUCACUUGCUGUGCAUUCAGUUAAUUACAACAGUACUACUGGCUUCUCUAUGACCAACAAGUGUCUUAAAACGUUUGAAGUACAAGAGGACAACACGUCCGAGAACAUCACCAGAGCGAUGUAUGAAGCAUUUGUUGAGUGGGGGAUAACUCAUAAAGUCAGCGGUGCCACCACAAGUGGUUCGGUGGACAUUGUGAAAGCGUGCUCACUCCUGGACCUGUCAGUGGAAAUGCCUUGCCUUGGACAUACCGUCAAUCGUGCAAUGGAUGAAGCCUUCCAGAUGCCGCGAGUCGACAGCUUUUUGGGAUGUUGCCGCAAACUUGUUGAUCAUUUCAGAGAACCGGCGGUGUAUCUGCUGAGGGAAAAACAGAAGCAGCAUGGCCUCGCUCAGUGUGCACUCAUCACAGACAGGGGGAGGUCUUGGUUGGCCACAUUGGCAAUGUUACAGAGACUGAAAGAGCAACAGGUUGCUGUAACUGCAACACUUCUAGAGAGUCCCAGCAGUCAUCAUUUCAGUUUCGAUGGCCCUGUCUGGGCCUUGUUAGAGGGCUUGAUUGAAGUCCUCCAGCCUUUUAAAGUUGUGGCAAACAUGAUCACCUCUUGCAAGUACCCAACCAUCAGCAUGGUUAGGCCCGUGCUUCAUAUGCUGUUGAACACCACCCUCAAGAUCAAGGAAGGGGACCUCAAGGAGAUCAGCAUGACCAAAGAGAUCAUCUCAAAGGUCCUAUCAAGCACCUAUUCACAGAAUACACAGCUAUCGCAAGAAAUUUCAACAUUCCUCAACAUUGCCACGUUUUUGGAUCCUCGAUACAAGAAGUUGCCUUUCCUGUCCACGCAGGAGCGCUCCAAAGUUGAGAGUAACAUCAUAGAGGAGGCAAAAGCAAUCCUUGAGAAGCAGAUGGCGGAGCCACCAUGCCUAGAUGAUUUCACCUUGGUAUCUGAUGAACCACCUUGCAAGAAGCAGACACCUCAAAGAGAAUCUGCCAGCAGUGCAACCCAAGACAACCCUUUGGCUGCCAUAUUCUGUCAGUCUGAUACAGACCAGAGCCAGGAGGAGCUGCAUGCACAGGUGGUAGAGGAGCUGAGCAACUACAAAUCACAAAGAGUCCUAGGUCUGAAUGAAGACCCUUUACUGUGGUGGUCGAGUCAUGCACCCUUGUUCCCCACCCUCCCCAAGGUGCUCCAGAAGUACUGGUGUGUUCCCGCCACGAGUGUACCUUGUCACAGGAUGUUAAGCUCCUCUGGGACAGUUCUGUGUGGGAAAAGGAACCGCAUAGCUCCAGCUUUAGUAGAUCAGCAGGUCUUCUUGUAUGAGAACUCACGGAGCUACUAUGAGCCUGAACCCUGUGAAGAUGAUUUGGACAGUGUUUGGAAGGGAAACUGCAGUCUGGGCCAGCCACUUGAAUGACUGUGUGAUGUUGAUGACUGCAUGCUGUGUGGCCUACAUGUACAGUGUGUAGAACUGAAUACCCCUCCGCUCACUCCUCCCUUUUCAAGACUGCGGUAACAUGAAGCGCAGAGUGCAAAACUGUGGUAACUCCGUUGGCUUCACUCAAGAGGCCAUCCAUAUAGAAACGAAGGGCUCAUUCUAUGCUAAUGACAACACAAUGAUUAUUAGUUUCAGGUCAUUAUACACUAAUGAAAAUAUAGUUAUGAAUAUUAGAUUCCAUUUUUGCUAAUAGAUCCCCGAUAUGUUACACACUGGCCCUUUAAAACUAUUAUGGAGGUGUAUCGGUCAGUAGUAGGAAAAUGGUAAUAACCGCUGAUAACCUUUCUUUGAGUUUUAGCCUAUAAUCUGUAUGAAAAGUUUGACCUAGCUAUGUCUCACCCUGUCAUUUUAAAAGAUUUGUUAAUAUUUUGGGGGGAAA